CGAGUGAAUCUUAUUUUAUAAUACCUGCUUAAAGGUAUUAUCUACUAACUAUGUAUGGUUCUAGAUUUAGAAAGCUUUGACGUAAAAAGCGCAGAUUAUUUUAAUACCGGAUGUUGAAAAUAGAAGUGCUUGGUGAAAAGGAAUUUUUGUUGUAUUCUGAUAAUUUCCCAUUUAGCAUAAGUUUCAAUACUUAAAAAAAAACCUGCUUCUUGAGAUUCUAAUUGAAACCCCUCUAAAUAUCGAUCCGUUAUCUUGUACACCAAGACAGUGUUGCAUUGCAAAGAAAGUUUUAGUACUUUAUUAUGAUACUUAAUAUUAUUAAUCUCUUGGUCCACGCUUAGUAGGUAUUUCAAAUAAGCCAACGCGAUUAGAUAAGGGUUUGUCAUGUGGCAAUCGUCAUGUUAACAGUAGAAAAUUAUUAGUCAAUAAACCAUUUAGAUUAAAAUGAACGAUGAUAAUUAUAAGACCCGUUACAGAUAAUUCUGUUACAACCAGAUUAUGCCAUUUUGACUCCUCAAAGGAGUACUUCCUAAAGCAAAACUGUUAAUUUAUAUGUCUCUGGAUCAUUUUUGUAUUGCUUUGUACUUUGUAGGUUUAGUUAGGGGUAAAGGUUUUAGAUAAAAGAAAAUGAUGUCUAUUUAUUUUACAAUCAGAUCUCAGACCUAUUGGGUAUACAAUGGGCUCCAAUGAACAUUCCGAUGUCGCGUCGGCUGCAGACAUUAGCUGCCUUCUUUUGGAUCUACCUGAUCCUCUUUGGAGAAGCCCUCAGCAUAUACCUGUUCAUCCAGCUGGUAUACUCCCGAUUCUGGUGGGCAGGCAUCCUUUAUGGAGUUUGGAUGCUCAAUGAUAUUGAGAUAUGUAACCGUGGCGGCAGAGCAUCUGAAUGGGUGCGCAACUGGACGUGGUGGUAUUGCCUCCGCGAUUACUUCCCCAUUAAACUCGUGAAGACCGUCGACCUCGACCCUUCCAAGAAUUACCUGUUCGCUUGCUUCCCACACGGCGUCUUAUCAUUGGGGGCUUUCGGAAACUUCUGCACCAACGCCACGGGUUUCCAAAAACUCUUUCCCGGCAUGACUUGCCAUUUGAUCACUUUAGGAGGACAUUUCUUAGUACCUUUCUUUAGGGAUUUGGCUUUAGCCCUUGGUGUUUGCUCCUCGUCUCAGGAAAGUCUCAUGCAUUUGCUUGAUUCUCAGAAGUAUCAGGGCAAUUGUGCGAGUAUGAUCAUUGGAGGGGCGGCUGAAGCAUUGGAUGCUCAUCCCAAGGAAUACAAAGUGAUACUGAGUAGAAGGAAAGGAUUCAUCCGUGUAGCUAUGAAGACCGGGGCUUCAUUAGUGCCAGUAUUUUCUUUCGGCGAGACGGACUUAUUCCAUCCUCCGAGCAACCCUGAGAACAGUCUGCUGCGGCGCGUGCAGGAGAAGGUCCGUCAGCUCACCGGUGUCUCUCCCAUGUUUCCUUUGGGGCGAGGAGUGUUCCAGUAUUCAUACGGCGUGCUGCCUAUAAGAUCGCCUGUUACUACCGUUGUUGGUGCCCCGUUGGAAGUGAAGAAGAAUCUAGAACCGACCAGUGAAGAAAUAGACGCAGUUCAUGCAGAGUUCUCCGAACGGUUGGCAACACUCUUCGAGACGGAGAAAGUGAAGUACCUGAAGUACCACGAGGAAGCCAAGCUAGUCGUCACAUAGAUAAGGUUACUUUUAUGUUAUGUUAUGUAGGUAUUAUUUGAGAUUCUAUUGAUGCCGUUUUAUGACAAGUACGGCUCUGAGCAAACGAUGCAUACUUUGUUCAUUGAAUAGAAAUAACCGAGCUCUAUUGGUUUUGUCCAUCGUCGGAUUUGAUUCGUUGAGUUUGGACAGCAGGAAGAAUAAGAUUUAAUUUAAAAUGAAAACUGUCGGUGCUCUAAGGAGACAUUUUUGAGUCCUGUUUCUAUUUUUGGGUGAAUUGUGCGCCGUUUGCUCAGUGCUAAGCCUAAGGGUCGAAUUAACAAAUCGAAAUCAAGAUACUUUAUUUAAAGAGAUUCAAAUCCGAUCAUUUAUAAUGAACGGCUACACGUGCUUGUAGAAAUUAGUAUAUAAUUUAGAAAAGACAGAAUUUAUUAAUGUACUGCGACCAUAUAUUUUAGCAAGCGAAUAAUAAUAUUUUAAUAAUAAGAAUAUUUAAAUACUAUUUCUAAAUGUGUUAAACUUAUAGCAUCAUUUACAGAUAACCUGAGUGUAGAAGUAUUUACCACCAUUUUGUACUUCGAAUCACACGAAUACACCCCACUGCUGGCCAUAGGCCUAUUUUCAUGGAAGUUUGAAAACUAAUCACCGUUAUCGUCAGUUUGAAUUAUUAUAGAUGUUCCUAUUUGGGUUAGACAGUUCAUAUUUGACACAUUCUUGCCUCUGUGUUCUACCCAAUUUAUAUGUAUAAAGUUAUAAAACAUACCUAUGUCCUUUAGCACAGUAGGGAAGCUCAAUUAAUUUUUAGGUUUUAUAAAUGCUAAAUUUUUCUAGUUAAGUAAAAACAUGACAAUCUAUGUCUUAUAACGGCCAACAUAUAUUAUUUGAUGGUGCGCACUUUUAACUAAGUAUAAACAAAUUAAUAAUUGAUAUCAAUUUAUUGAAAUUUGAUAAAACCAAUCACAAAUAAUAAUGAACAAAUGAGCAAAGAUAUUUUCAUUAAAGCGUAUAUUCCAGAAAUAUGCCUAUUUUGAUAAUUAUAAGCGUGUAUUUUACAAAAACGAACUUAUUUAAUGUUUUUUUAUGU